AUGGCCUGGAGCACAAUCCGCCUUGGUGCUGACCAGCAGUUUCAAGCCGAGGAUGGCAGUUUCGGGCCCUUGCUGCGGCAAGGGCGACGCCUAGAACUUAGGUGGGCGGUCGAAGCGAAGAAAUCCCGUGCUCGUCCAGGCACAGCUGCUUCCCAGGUAGGUGCGGAAACAGGCACCAUACGCUUUGAUGCUGGUGGUCAAGAAGUUGGGCGUUUCCCAGCUGAUGCCAACAAAACAUUGGUGCCGCUCCUUGCGCGGCGGCUGAUUGAUGUUGAAGCAGUGGUCGGGAGGGAUCCACCCCGUGUUCUAACCUUGGGCACUGACCUGCCCGUUGUGGUGAGGGUGUCUCUGCGAUCUGUGGCUUUGCGGACUCCUGGACAAAUAGAUGCCAAGCCUGCAAUUCCAGAAGCAGACGGCGGCAAGAACAAGUCCAAGGGCCAGAACCAGAAAAAUGUGCACAAAGAAGAGGCUGACAAAGAAAUUCAGCGCACGUCAACGGGCAUGCUGCUGGAGAAGUUGAAUCUGCCUUGUCGCAGACGCGCUGCCCUAGAGGGCGAUGUUGUUGCCAACACUGCGGAAGAGCUCCCGGCCAAAGCAGAAGGAGCUGGUGUGGCAGAUGACGAGCCAGAGGCAGAGGAGGAGGAAAUGUCUAAGGUGGCAGCAGCCCAGCUGGGGAGAAGUGAUCAGCUGGAACGUCAUGAUCUUCCAGGGAUUGUGCUGCCCCAAGGAAUCUUCCAGACCAGGCUGAGACCUUAUCAGGCUCAGGCAGUGUAUUGGAUGUGGCAGAGGGAGAAUCCGACAUCCUCUUUGCCGUCAAGCUUCAAGAACGCCGACCCACACGGCGAUGAGAAGGCAGAUGAGGCAACUUCCAGUCCCAACGCGUCACAGGCCACGAAGGAGCUCCCGCAUGAACGGCAACUGCAUCCAAUGUGGGAUGAAUACGAGCUGCCGGAAGAAACAGGGCCACUGCCAGGAGGCAUUGCCGGCAAGAGGGAGUUCAGUGUCAGCAAGUGGACAUGGGUGGGAAUACUGGCCACUAGCAAGCAACAACUGAGCAAACAGGGCAUUGCCGUGGUGGCAUAUUGGCUGAUGACAUGGGUCUGGGCAAGACAGUUAUGUGCCUUGCACUCACUGCGCUGGACUACGGCCCUUCCAGCCUGCCCACUGCGCGGAAGGCUGCACCGGAGCUUCGUGCCCUGGAGGACAAGUGCAGUUCGCAGCUUCACGAUGUUUGGAAGAGCACCUACAUCACUGCAUAGCAACCCGAUGACGGCAAAGUCGGUGGUGUUCUCGUUGCCGGUGGCGCCCUUGUCGCUGAUCCGUCAGUGGCACUCAGAGGCAGCUUGGGACACCUGCGACAGCCAACAAUAG